AUGGACACAUUGAAGUCUCGCUGGCAAGUUGCAUGCCGGAAAACGACAGGGCAGACUUGCUUCGGAUUUGCGAGAACUCUUCUGUUGCAGGAGGGCUUGUGGAUGGGACUAUGGAGGCCGGGGCUCGCAGCCAACGUGGCUUCAAUGGGCUGCUGUGUUGGCAUGAGGAACGGGCUCUACACUGUCUUCCGUGAUGGCAUUGGCCACUUGGAAGACAGAGCUUCUGGUAUCCCACCCAGUGCGACUGGCAAGGCUGGUCCAGUGGCAAUGUUCACAGCCGGACUGUUUUCUGGCAUGGCUGGCUACAUCAUCACGGCACCACUGCUGCAGGUGAAGACACGGAUGCAAGCCGAAGCCGGGCGAAUUGGCCCUGAUGGGCGGUAUGUAACCGGUCUUCGUCGUGGGCAUGCGCCCACAUAUCGAAGCACAUUUCAGGCGCUGCAUGCUUUGGCAUCCGCAAGAUGUCCCCAUGAAAGGAUGCGAUCCUUGUGGAGAGGAGCUGGUGUGAUCGUGGCACGCGGUGCCGCGCUUUCGGGCUCUCAGCUCAUUUCGUACGAUGCCUUCAAAACGAUGAUGAAGGCCUAUAAUUUGAUGAAGGAUGGCACCGCCGAUGUUAUGCCCAUGAGAUCUGGAUCCAUUCACCAUGCUUCUGAGCUGGACUUGCUACCUUGUCGUGCCAUGGCCCUCUUUUUUGGGAGGUCAGGGUGGUACGGCGAGGAUGAGAAUGAACAGGAAGAGGAGGAGGAUGAAGAGCGGCAUCCAGAUCCGGAGCAAGUUCAGCGCCCACGGCCUCAGUGCAUUCUCCGGAAUGGCAAGUGGAUGGAGGUGUGGCCCGAACACUGGGGCAUGCGCAUGCAUCAAAUACGGGAGCUCCUCAACUCCUGCAAGGAGGAUGUUCACUGGCACCAGAGCCAUUCUGUUCGAGACAUGGUGAAUCAGCACCUGCUUCCUCGAACAGCUGGCGAAGGAGUUGGUUAUGCUGUGAAAAUCAAUCGACAGUCACCUUUGGAAGUAGAUGUUCUUAUAUCGCACUCUUGGAACGAGAAUGCGGAGGAGUUCGUGGAUACCCUCGAGCGGACCGUCGAUCCUGAAGAAGUUCUUUUUGUCUGUGCCUUUUCAAUCUACCAAAAUGAGGACAACGCGGGACCUAGCAUCGCCGAGCAGAUCGGAUCCUCCACACGGCACAGCCCUUUUGGGCGGGUCUUGUCGCAUAUCCAGGCGCGUGGUGCAAGUGCGGGUUUCUGGUGGUGGCCACGACGCACGUUCUACAUGCUGCCAGGCUUAUGUCUGCUGUUGGCGCUUGAGCUCUUUAUGGUAUCUCAACUUCUUUGUGGCGGAGUGGCUGGAAUAGAGAAACUAUAUAUCUUGGAAGUGGCUUCUGACAAGUACUGCAGCAAUUGGCGGGAGGGGAAAGGCACAUGUUUGGCGAGUCACUGGGUCGUCGCUGACCUGGACGGUUACUGUGCUGCCACCUUCCCUUUGGUAUGGAGCUUGGUGCUCUUCGGCAUCAUUUUGGAAGUGGCCCUGCGCGGCGUGUCUCGCUGGGUCUACAGCGGCCGCAUGGUGGCCGUGCCAAAUUACCAAGACAAUCUCUACCAGAGGCUGUGGUGUGUUUAUGAGAUAUUCAUGGCCACUCAGCUCAGGGUUUAUGUCUCUUUGGCGCACACACUGGCUCCAGCUGGCAAAGUCCAUGCCCGGAACGCCGGUUGCUCCAAUGUUGACGACGAGGCUCGGAUACGCAGGGAGAUUGAGUCCUUUGGAGCCAGAGUUCGUGCAAGGUCCAAGUCAAAGCUUUUCGAGCGCCACGGCACGGACUCGGAGGAGGCUGCCGCAGAGGAGGGGUAUCGGCGCGUAGAUGCCUCCAUCACCUGGACCACGACACGUGCGAAGCGGGAAUGGCUGCUGGUCAUCCUUCGUAUCAUACUGCUGGGUACUGCGCUGCAAGGGAGCGUGACUGUCCUCUCCCUUUCUCUGGGCUUGAAAAAAAGAUACUUCGCUCUGGGCUACAUUUUCGCUUUCUUCUUAUACAUGGCUCUGAUGUGGUCCAUUCUGCGGCGCACUGGAUGUAUUGAACGCCGGCAUCUGCUGCUCUUAGGGAUGCUGCCCUUUUUGACUGGUGUCAUGCUCGUCGUGAUGGCUGACUUGGUGGCACCCGACUUUGAAAAUCACAGCAUGGAUGUGGUUGCUGCGAUGGGGUUCGUUUUUGUCAUGUUUGGUGUCUCCAGCUUGUUUCUGCCACUGACGAGGAUACGGAAGUUCCGCCAGAACUGGCGACCUGCAUUCCUUUGCAUGGUCGGUGCACUGACAUGGCUCGGAUUCUAUGUCUCCUAUGCCAUCUACUUCCGCAGACCUGCCUGGAGCUUCCAGACUUUGGACUUGAACUUUGCGUAUCCGUCGCUGAUGCAGACUGCGACUUUGAAUUGCGGUCCGCCGCUGCUUGCAUGCUACAUUUGGUCAUUUUUGCUUGCUUGGGGAGUGCGAAUGCAGAUCGUGCACAAGGAUCCAAGUGUCACUGAACACAUGAUGCAAGGUGUGGUCGAUCUGAGGGCGAACUCUGUCCAGGCCCUGGAGGAGGGCUUGCAAACCUUCCAGGCCAUCCAAUGCGGUGGGUGCUGUGGCAGUGUGGACACAGAAACUUCUGACUCGUCCGUGUCGGAGUGGGACGAGGACAGCGAUGUUACUAAUUCAACAAGUGCAUGGUGA